AAGUAAGUGAAACUCGUUAAACAGCUAUAAUCGAAAAUCAUUAUAUUCAAACUAUUGAAAUAUGCAGCUAUACGAGUACUUGUAAAAUACGUUUUUACUUAGUGAAAAUUUAGUUUACCCUAGUACAUUUGGCAUAUAAAAGUACGAUAGAAACUUUUAAGUCUUCAUACUGCUGUACUAACAAACAAUUAGAAGAAGUUUAAAUAUAUAUAAAAUAAUAAGUAAGGCGAAUAUGGAUUAUGAAAACGAAAUUGUAGCCGACAUUUAUGAAGGAAAAAAUUUAAGAAAUGAUAAUGAAAAUCUGGAUGAAUCUCUUGAUUUAGACGACUUAUUACCAUCAAUAGGAGAGUUUGGAAUAUAUCAAAAAAUGUUGGUUUUUGGAAUAUGCCUACCAGCGUGUAUACCUUGUGGAUUUUGUGCCUUUAAUCAAAUUUUUAUGGCAAAUGUUCCUAAUGACUAUUGGUGCAAAGUGCCAGAGCUAUUGGACAUACCCAUAGAAAAACGGAAACUUUUAGCAAUUCCAAAGAACAUGCUUAGUUCGUUACGAAGUUAUGGAAAUCUGAGUGCACCUAAGAAAAGUUUCAAAGACAAUGCAAAGGUUCUAUUCUAA